CUUAAUAAACAUAAUAAUAUUUGUACGUCACAGAACUUUUAGCUCGGGAUACUAGUUAAUAGUCAACAAAUGAAAUUGUAAGAGUCACGAUCAUGGUAGAUACUAUAGAAAGAGCUAUACAUCCUUUUUCCGUAACAGCUUUCUUCUUUGGUCCCGGAAUUUUCAGAUAUCCCUUGCAUAACUCGAGACCUUACUUUAAUUUUUGUUAUACGUUAUCUCUGUGGAGUGUUUAUGUGUAUGGACUUUAUAAAGUAGUGAACUUCUGGCCUAAAAUAUUUAGUGAGUUCCUAAUUUUCUUUACUCUAGCAAUGAGUUUCAUUGUGACAAUGAUAUCUAUAAUUAUUACCAUCCGCAAGCAGAAGAAUUUUCAUAUAUGUAUAAGAAAAUUGGUUCUUGUGGACGAUACAUUAGAGAAACUUGGAACACCCAAGGAAUAUCACAAAAUACGAAAUUCGGUAAAGCAGAUGUUGAUUAUAUGGUUUAUGAUGAUAUGCGUCACGUUAACCAGUGACUCUUUAUUUUGCAUUGAGGUAUUGAAAGAUAAAAAAGCCAUGCUUAUUCCAGUUGUUAUGAAUUAUUGUCUCUACAUCAAUACCUUCAUGGAUAUAAUAUUUGUACUUCUUCUAAGGUAUAUUGGUACUAGAUUCAAUAAAAUAAAUAAGCACAUUAGCCGACUAUCCGAAACUGAAGAAUAUGGAAUGAGAUGUACAUGGAAGAAAUCACUUGUCACUCGUCAUGUUAGAAGUACAGAGAAUUGCAAGCAUGUAGUUUGGAUCGCCAUGUAAAUUGAUAUAUCACAAAAUUAUUGUUGGUCGACUUUGUUGACUCAGUGAGUCAGAGAAUCACAAAUGAGGAGAAUUGUAUAAGCUUACAAAUGUAUUUAUUAUUAAUAAGUACCAGACAAGAUUUUGUAAGAUUGACCACACAUACUCAUUGUGAGUGGCGUCGCAUGGCUUCUCCCAG